AUGACAACUCUUGAUUCCUUCACCAACCCAAUCGCUCCAAUGCCUGAGAAACCAAUCACACAAUCACCUACUCUUGUUAAGGAAGAAGAGAGGACAAUUCCAUUUCUUAGACGACUAGUGGACAUGCUCACGGAAAACGAAGAGGUCAUUUCCUUUUGUCCAGGAACUAUGCAAAAGGGAAAAGUCACCCUGGGCCGCAUUGUGGUUCAUGAUCGACUCAAGGUAGAAUCCAAUAUUUUGCCUCGUUAUUUCAAUCAUAGUUCCUUUGCCAGCCUUCGGCGACAAUUGAACUACUUUUCCUUUACUCGCUUGGGAAAGGGGAGGCAACGCGGGGCUACCUACUGCAAUGAAGAAGUGAUGGAACUAGAAGAUAUUCUCCGUCUCAAGAGACGAUCUACCGCAGCUCCGCCAUCCACCACCACAACAACAAUCAAGACAUCAUCAAGAGCAACAACAACAACAACACUACCAUCCACAAAUCAUGUCACGGAUGGCAAUAGUCGUAGCCUCAAACGUACAUCUCGAGUCUCGAUUUCAUCCUUUGAAGAAGUGAAUGCUGUUCAUGCACCAUCCACCAAAAGGGCGAGGCAUUCGCUGUUUGAAAUGUCGACCUCCUUGCAUCAAACCGUUUCGGAUUCGGAAGAUUCUACUUUGAGUGGUGGGGACGAUCACGUACACCGAAAGCAUCAUCGCAGGAUUACUCUGGAUCUUACAACGCCAUUGUCCAACGGGGAGGACGAUGUUCUAGCUGGCUGCCAAGCCUUGCUUUCGUUUGCCAGUUCUUCUGUCCAUUGA